AGCCUGGUGGCCGAUGCCGGGCUCACACGUGAGUUUUUGCGUGCGCCGCGGACCGUGAUCGAGUCGUUUACCAUUGUUAAUUGCAUCAUCCAGUCAAAACUUAGCUACGCAAACUUCGCUCGUCUCAGUGGUCUACCGCCAUGGCUCAGCAGUUCAAAGACAUGGCCAGCAAGCUUGGCAAGGGCGGCGGCGGCGCUCCCAAGGGGCUAGGCCUAGGCAUCAAGCUCAUAGCGGCCACGGCGGGUCUCGGGUAUUUGGCUACGCAGUCGGUGUUCACAGUUGACGGCGGUCACCGGGCCAUCAUUUUCAACCGCAUCGGCGGUAUACAGAAUGACGUGUUCACCGAGGGCCUGCACUUCCGCAUCCCGUGGAUACAGUACCCGAUCAUCUACGACAUUCGCUCCCGACCGCGCAAGAUUUCCUCGCCCACCGGUAGCAAGGACCUUCAGAUGGUCAACAUAUCGCUGCGUGUUCUGGCGCGCCCGGACGCCGCUCGGCUGCCCGUGGUGUACCGCAUGCUGGGCACCGACUACGACGAGCGCGUGCUUCCUUCCAUUUGCAACGAGGUGCUCAAGAGCGUCGUCGCCAAGUUCAACGCUUCGCAGCUCAUCACCCAGCGGCAGCAGGUCUCGCUCCUCGUCCGCAAGGAGCUGACGGACCGGGCCCGAGACUUCAACAUCAUCAUGGACGACGUCUCCAUCACCGAGCUCAGCUUCGGAAAGGAGUACGCGGCAGCCGUAGAAGCGAAGCAGGUCGCGCAACAAGAAGCCCAGCGUGCCAUGUUCACGGUCGAGCAGGCCAAGCAAGAGCGGCAGCAGAAGAUCGUGCACUCGGAGGGCGAGGCCGAGGCCGCCAAAAUGCUGGGCGACGCCAUCUCGAAGAACCCGGGCUACCUCAAGUUGCGCAAGAUUCGCGCCGCCCAGAAUAUCGCGCGCACGAUAGCCGCCUCUCAGAACCGGGUCUACCUGAACGCCAGCUCUCUGAUGCUGAACAUCGCGGACAAGGAAUUCGAUAUCACCCACAUCACCCAAGGGUCCAACAAGAAGUAAGGGCGCGAUUUAGUGUAGACCCCGCCCACCUUCUGUCCAGCCGACCAAUGAGCGAAAGGUAUCUCGAGAUCCCAGAUGACGCGUAGGCUAGAUCUGACAGGUUGGUGAGCUCCGGUACAUGCAGUUUUGUGGCAGGAGCUGUGAAGAUACCUGUUGUGCCGUGUUCACCGUGAUGUUGGAAGCCAUUGAAGCAGGUCUUGUUCAGUCGUCGUCCUUGCAGGAUGUGCUUUCUAGGGGGAAACGACUUGGCAUUUGAAUAAGUCCCGAGGUACAGACACCACCCUUGGGUGCUUUCAACCGUUUUGCUCUUUGUUUAGUGAAUUGUUACAAAAUAAAACAUAGCCUCAUUUCCUUUAUUUCUA